CAGAGGACGACGGGAACCCGCGCGCCAAAUGCAGCCCGUAAACCUGAACUAGGGAGUAGACGGCCGCCGCCGGGCAAGCUCUCACCAGUGCGCAUGCGUGGCUCUCCGGCACCGGUCCGUACUCCAGUGUCGUGAAAAUCUCGCGGGUGCAGGGUCGGACACGCGUCGCCGCCAUCGCUCGCCGAACGCCUUCCGCGAAGGACUGCCUGACGAAGGACCUUGGGAACGUGGAGGGCCAUGGCGGAGUCGAAGCUUCUGGCACCAGAGCUAAGCGAUGCAGAGUCGAUGGGUGAUGAGACCGUGCGGUUUCAGGAGCUGCUACUGCAGGCUUCCAAAGAGCUCCAGCAAGCCCAGACGGAAAGGUCAGAAUCUACACAGAUCCGGCCCCAGCCUGGUUUCUGCAUAAAGACCAACUCAUCGGAAGGAAAGGUUUUCAUCAACAUCUGCCACUCUCCCUCCAUCCCUCCCCCCGUGGACGUGACUGAGGACGAACUGCUUCAGAUGCUGGAGGAGGACCAAGCUGGCUUCCGAAUCCCCAUGAGCCUGGGAGAGCCACAUGCUGAGCUGGAUGCAAAAGGCCAGGGCUGUACUGCCUAUGAUGUUGCCGUCAACAGCAACUUCUACCUGAGGAUGCAGAACAGUGAUUUCUUGCGGGAGCUGGUGGUCACCAUUGCCAGGGAGGGCCUUGAGGACAAGUAUGGUUUACAGCUAAACCCAGAAUGGCGCAUGCUGAAGUACCGGCCUUUCCUGGGCUCCAUCUCUCAGCAGAACAUCCGCUCUCAGCAACGCCCUCGGAUCCAGGAGCUGGGGACCCUUGAGGGCCCAGAACGGCCUCACCUGAACCUUUGGUUGGAAGCCCCUGACCUCCUCUUGGCUGAAGUUGACCUCCCAAAGUUGGACGGAGCUCAAGGGCUGACCCUGGAGAUUGGAGAGAGUCACCUGGUGAUGGGAGGCUCCCAGCAACUGUACCGCCUCAAUGCCUCCAUUCCCCUGCGGAUCAACCCUGAGGCAAGCAGGGCUGCUUUCCACCACCGGAGAAAGCAGCUGAUGGUGUUCUUGCCCCUCCUGUCAGUGUCUUGACUAGAAUCUCCUUGUAUCUCCAGAGGUGGAGAACAUGUUGGUGUCUUCUCUAAAUGUGAAGUAAACAGUCUUUCCGGUUC